AUGCCUAGACCCUUCAACAGCUUGAUUGCUCGCAAGUAUGGCCGCAAUGCCGGUCCAGAAGCUUCGACGGAGCAAUCACCAUCAACGCCACCUUUCCUUGGUCUCCCGGAGGAGAUUGUUCAAAGCAUUGCUCGAAACCUCUUCCUCUAUCCCGUUUACAAAGACGACGACAAGGACCGCAAAAAGGCCGGGGAAAAAGCGCUCUUCGCGCUUCGAUUAACAUGCAAAGACAUAUACUGGAAGACCUAUCACCUCUUCGGUACACGUUUCUUCUCAACAGGAACUCAGGUGCUCUUCGGCAGACAUAGUCUCCAUGAUGGUGGCCUCUCCCUGGGCUACAAUCGGGAAUUUAUGAAAUUGUCGAAGCACCGUGAGCUUGCCAGCUUCGUUCGGAGCAUCAUGAUUGGGCACGUGAACUUCGGACUGCCAGAGGAAUAUUACAGCAAGGAUUACCGUGAGAAGGAGCGGUUCAGGAAAGCGGUUUAUCGGGUUAAGGGCGGUAUGCUGCACCACUUCGCGCGGUUUGAAGAGAAGUUCAAGAUCCUGGAUACGAAGUCUCUGGCCAAAGCCAUGGCUCGCUUCCCAAAUCUCGAAAAGAUCGAGUUCAGUGACGAGCCAAUAUUCCACGGGGCUAGAAAGCGAUGGGUACGAUUAGUUGCACCACUUGGUGACGAUGCAGAUCAAGAUUGGUGCUCAGCAUGCAGCACGUUACCGCUGGCAUGCCUCCGAACACGUGCGAUUACAUCGAUGAUAUCCGCACUGGCUGUUGCAGGAAUUAAGCCUCGAGUACUGGGCCUAUAUCCGAGCCUGCGGCGAAAGCUACGAAGCUACCUACAAAAGUUCCCCAGCAGCGAGUUUGAAGGGAUCGCAGAGUUCUUUUCGGAAGUACGCGACGUACAGAUUAGCGUCUUCGACUGCAAUUGCGACUAUGAUGCAAAGCUCUGCUGCAGAUAUACGAAGGCGCCGCAAUCUAGCUCGACUUCCGAUUUCUUUGUACGGUUGCUCCGGUCUACGACUCGCCUCCAUAGGUUGUACAUCUGCCACAACAUCACGAAUGCGCCAACUCCAUCGAUCCGCAAACUGGUGGCUGCAGAAGUUCACAUGCCAAAGCUGAGGACCCUUCACCUAGAACAGCUUGGCGCACGUGCUGAAGACCUUGUGAUGCUGUUAAGGAGACACUCUGAGACGCUGGUAAAGGUGGAGGUGAAUGCUGUCAUUCUGACUCAAGGAACCUGGCAGGAGGUACUCGAGGAACUUCAAACUUGUCAUAAACUCAUCGACUUCCGGACCGUUGCCCCUACCGAGGGUGAGUUCAUUCCAGACAAGAUUCCAGACCUAGCCACGAAGCAGAGCAACGUAAAAGGACGCGUGGUUCUCUUCGGUGACGACGAGCCAAGGAAAGAGGCAUUUAUGAGAUGGAGUGGUGAAACUUUGCACCUCGUGGAAUGGCUGGCGAUUGUGAACAGGCCCCCGGGAGGAGAUGAUGAUGCAAGCGGGUGGAAAUUCGAGGGUAGGGAGGUGGUUAGGACCGGUUUGCAAUUUCUGCUGGACCAUACGAGGUACUUCACUUCUGUCACUCUUCCCAGGGUGUAG